CAGAUUACUGCUCGCCAAAUGUUUAAUGAAAUAAUCCAAGCAGUUAAUGAAGUUUGAUUACUAAUAUGUCAAUAAUCGCAGAAACAUUCCGCUCACCACUCCUCGCCCUCUCAAUUCAACUCUCAUAGCUUAUUUAUGUAGCAGCAACGCAGGCGCAGCAGGUUGCCUUCCGGUGGCCUGCUUAAGCAAAACGAACGUCGUGAUUGCCAUGUCGCGUGUAAACCAGAAGCGUUUUUCACACAUCCUCAAUAGCUGAUUGUCUGAUCGCAGCAUAUUUCUGCAAUUAUGCGCUCAAAUUUAAUGAAAUGUUAGCAAAAGCGCAGAUUACCAACACAUUAUCCGCGCCGCAGUCAGCAGGAGACCAACACACAGUUCUGCAUACCCACCGGCCGGGCACCCAAAUCCGCUUAAGCACACAAACAAGCUGUGUACACUGUCGUCGCAGCACACAGUCGCAUUCUCUCUCGCACACACACGCAGGUUCUCGGCGUUGAGAACAAUGUGCGAAAAUACAUUAGGAUUAGCUAUCGAGCACCGCUUUGAGUCAAUUGUUAAAUGAACAACGUCACACCACAAAGACAUAAAGACGAGCAACAACAACAGGAAACACACACAAAACACAGCAGCAGCCACUAUGCAGCAGUCCUUAUGCGCGUCAUGAUCCUGCCGCACGCAUGAAUUCACCACAACCACUGCUGCUCAUAUGUGUGAGUGUGUGCGUGUGUGUUAAGUAAAAAAUGUGUGUGAUCGGAAGCUGAUGUUUCAAUUAUCCAUUGAGGCUGCCAGUAAAUGGAAACCGCAACCGAAGUAGCGCUGUUAGUGAUCCUGGCACUCCACUCGCUUCACGUACUAUUGUGUUGUUGUUGCUGUUGUUUGCACGCAUGUAAUGCGAAAGGAUAAUUAUUUUGCCUUUCGCUCUGUUGUGAGCCGAGAGUAAUGAGAUCCUUAUCUCAGCAUGUGUCCUUUGUCAUCACACUCAGGCGAAAGUGGAACGUUGCUGAUCAUGAGACGUCUACAGCUAUUAGCGGAUUAUGGGCGUUUACUUCGGUUUUCUUGUUGACAGUUUCCAUUCCUCGAAGGCAUAUGAUGCUGAUGUCACACUGAAGGACACCUCACGGAAAUUUGGCACAGGCGGUCAGGCCUUAACGCCACGCCACACUAUAGACGCUAUAUUGGGACUAAAGAAUCGCAGUGAAUGUGGGGAAGUUAAUGAUGAUGCCACUGAUUUACGCUGCAACAUGUCGCUGGCGCAUCUGCGCAAUAUGGAUAAUCACAUGGCUUCAAUGCUGCAACAGUCCACACACGGUAAACAUGCCUCAUUCCCCAACAUGCAGUCAUCGCCCGCACACCAUCAUCAACAUGCUGGUGCGUUGCAUUUAGGCACACCGCCACCGCCACAACUCCACACCGGCCCACAUCACCCGCACCACCAACCGCUCAACUAUCACAGCGCAAUGAUGAGUUUCCCGCAUCAGAACAUUGCCAGCGCUGGCGGUGGCGCCAAUAGCCAUUUAAACUAUCCACCACUCGAGUCCGGCAGCACCGAUUCGGGCAGCACACGCACCAGUCCGUCCAUGAGCAGCGGCGAUUAUCUCAAUUCAAUGCAUCAAAUGGUCGAGGCGAGUCACUUGCAAGCGGCGCUACAUCACCAUCAUCAACACCCGUCGCACCCGCAUCAUAACUCACCAAGCGCCGGUCCACCGCCACCGCCUGCGCCACCAUCACAUUACAGCCACCAACAGCAUUUGGCCGCUUUGGCAGCACACGCCCAGGCUCAAGCACAGGCACACGCGCAACAGGAGCAAAAAUUCGCCAAAUCAUCGUCGUCACCGCCGACAAUGGCUAAUCAGUCGACCGCCGCUUCGUAUUUCAGUCUCGCCAAUGGCUCCAGUGCACUUUGCGGCGGCAGCAGUGGCGCUGUGACAGUUGGCGGCAGCAAUCAUCACAACCUGCUCGAUUACGACGAACGCUCCAUGUCUUCGCUCUCGGCCAGUGGUGAGAUCGACGCAGGCGAUGAGGACGAUAUGAAGGAUGGGCAAGGCGACAUGUCGGGCACGAUUGAUGUUACAUCGCCGCAGUCGCCCGCUGCUCUCUCACCUUCGCCGUCAUCGAAUUACAACAAUGCUGUGGCGUCGGCUGCUUCUCUGCAAUUUGGCGGAUUAAAACGCAAAUCCUCCGUUUCCUACUGUGAUGACUUGGAUGCCGGCGAGGCGAACGAGCCGAAAUUGGCCAACGGAAAUGCUUUAGAAAACUAUGCAAUGAAGAGUUUCGAGGGGAUACGUGCGCGCACUUUCGAAGAGGUGCAACAGCAGUCAUUAAAUGGCAGUUGUAAUGUGUUGGAACAACAGCAGCAACAACAGCAGGCUCAACAACAGCAGCAACAACUACAACAGCAACAGUUUCAGCAGCGUCACAUGGACGAUUAUCGCUUGAUCGGUGGCAACGGGUCCGGCGGUGAUGGCCAAGAGCGGCUAAACGAUGCCGACAGUGUGGUGAACGGCAGCUGUGCAUCCAGCGAAGACUUGAAUCAGACGAACUCCAGCGAACAAGGCGAAAAGAUAACUUCCGGCAGCGACGAUGAAGCUCAAGAUGACAAUUGUUCCAAGAAGAAACACCGUCGCAAUCGCACAACUUUCACAACAUAUCAACUCCACGAACUGGAACGAGCUUUUGAGAAGUCACACUAUCCGGAUGUGUACUCACGCGAGGAAUUGGCCAUGAAAGUCAAUUUGCCUGAAGUCAGAGUUCAGGUCUGGUUCCAGAAUCGUCGCGCUAAGUGGCGCCGCCAAGAGAAAUCGGAGAGCUUGCGCUUGGGUCUCACGCACUUCACUCAACUUCCACAUCGGUUGGGUUGCGGCGCUGGCGGUCUUCCAGUCGAUCCAUGGCUAUCACCGCCACUUCUCUCCGCACUGCCAGGUUUCCUUUCACACCCGCAGACCGUCUAUCCCAGCUAUUUGACGCCCCCACUUAGUUUGGCUCCAUCCAAUCUGACCAUGAGCAGUCUGGCCGCCAUGGGUCAUGGACCGCACGGCCCCGUCAUGCAUCCCGGACACCCUCCACCACCCACCGGACAUCCAGGCGGCCCACCACCACCGCCACCACCCUCGCACGCCGGUCAUCAUGUACAAUUGUCACAUUUAUCACCACAUCUGUCGCGCAUGUCGCCACAGGCUUUGGCCACAAUGCCACCACAGCUGAGUUCAUCAACUGCAACGUCAGUUACGUCAUCAUCUGCCGCGUCGAUGUCAUCAGCGGCGUCAGCGAAUGCAAACGCACCAGCGUCCAUCCCUCCGAAUGCAGUGGGCAUGCGGACAGCACUUUCGCCGCUAGCAACUAGCAUGUCCGGUGGCCUGCCACCACCACCACUGGCAUCCAUGCCGGCCGCAUCGUCUGUCAGCGCUCUCAACUCACCGUCACAGCGCGCCACACAACCAUCAGCUUUGGAGCAGUCACCGCAAAAUCUCACCACAAGUACCGACGCGAGCGAAGCAAUGCAAGGCAGCGGCAGCGGAGGUCACAACAAGUGCAAUGCAGUCGGCAUGGAACUGCUCGAUGUGGGGCGCGACAGCCCACCGCCAGGCCAUGCGCUGAGCAACAGCACAACAACCAAUCCCAGCAGUCGGCAAUCGCCGAUUUCGGCAAAUCAACCGCAGACAGCGGAUAUACGCUCCAAUUCCAUAGCGACGCUGCGCAUCAAAGCAAAAGAACACUUGGAAAGCAUCAAUAAAGGACUGGCUAUGGUCUAAGCGCCCCACCAUCACCGACACUCAUCCACAUUCUACUAUUGAUAGACCGCAGAGUCAUAGAGUACCGGAUACACACACACGCUUUCUAUUUUAAAUUGUAUUUCUAAUUGAUUUGAUGGAUUGCAGCGAUUAGUGAUUUUAAUUAGUAAAUAAUUGUCGUAUUUUAAUAGAGAUCGAAUGUAAGCAACAACAAUACAAACACAAACACAAAUACAAACAAAUAACACACACUGACAAAUGGAAAAUGUGUAUGAGUAGCAUCUAGAUAAAUUUUAUGAUAGCAUACUAUCUAUUAGGAAGCCUCUGUACCAUCAUUAUAUGCAUUAAUGCAGAUAUAUUACAAUUAAAUGCAUAUAAAUUGAAUGCUCGAAUCAAAAUACUCAAUUAAUAUAUCGCUAUCCGUUUAGUUUUAGCUCCCACAGUAUAAUUAAAAUUAGUUUUAGUAGAGUAGAGUAACGGAGAGGAGAGGAGAGCAGCUCGCAAAUUUUGUAAAUACUAAAUGACCUUAGUGAAUUAAGUAUGCAUUUUAGCAGCGUCUACAGAAUGUAGUCAUCAAUGUAUGUAUGUAGUUACCACGAAAGCACAUUCCACUUACUUACUAAUAAUGUAUAGCUAAAACUAGUGCGUAAAUAAAUUCUUGAAU